AUGAUCCUUGUAAACCUCGGUACUCCUCCAACCACCAAACACCUCAAGCGUGUCUAUCUACACAAUAGUAUUCUCCGCGACUCUCGCCUAUCCAUCUCCCAACUUGUCCGAGUUUCCGCCGGUGAUCGCUUCGUGAUAGGUACCGCUUGGCCCGGGAAUACAUCUAUCGAAUCGGAUCAAAUUGGUGUUCAUUUUCCUCUGUUUAACCAGUUGUCCGGGAGUGUUAAUGGCAGCGUAGAUGGCACCGUCGAUGCCUCCUUCUCCCCCGAUCUCAGCCAUCUAAAUUUCAUCGAAAUCGAUUCACUCUCUAUCCUCACUAAUCUCCCUCUCGACGAUAGACAGACGCGUCUUCUCAGCGCUCUCGUGCGUGAUUACGUUACUCAGCUCCAAUUCGUUAAAUCCGGUUUGGUGGUGUCACUCCACUUCAAAUCCAAGCUCAAUCACCUAACCAUACAAGAUAUAAGCCCUUCUCUAUCUCUCCAACACCUCUCCCUCGAUGACACACACGCUGUCUAUCAAGUCACCCCGACAACCGCCAUCAAUUUGUCCACCCAAUCCGACAAACGUGAAGCGGUUACAUCACAAGCAACUUUGAUUCGUCCUUCCUCGGAUCCUCCUGUUAUAGGCGGUCUAUCACGCCAAAUUGGCGAGAUAUCUGACCUCAUAGGUCUCCCCCUCAAGCACCCAGACCUUUUCAACCAAUUUGCAAUCUCUCCGCCCAAAGGUCUCCUCCUCCACGGCCCUCCAGGAACCGGUAAGACGCUGCUCGCUCGAUCUGCCGCGACGCUUCUGCAGCUGCCGAUUUUACUAGUCAACGGGCCUGAGCUGUCAUCCGCGUACCACGGCGAGACAGAGGACAAUUUGCGGCGUGUAUUUCAACACGCGCGUUCGCUUGAUGAGGCGGGCGUGAUAGUAGUGAUAGACGAGCUCGACACGCUGUGUCCAUCGCGCGAUGGCGACGGCAGCACGGGCGAGGUGGAGAAGCGGGUAGUAGCGACUCUCCUGACAGAGCUAGACGGGAUGAAUAAAAGCAAUGACGCCGCCCACGCCAAGGUGUUCCUGAUAGGCACUACCAACAGGCCGAAUGCGCUCGACGAUGCGCUGCGCAGACCCGGUAGACUCGACCGGGAGAUAGAAGUGGGAAUCCCUGACUCGACGCAGCGAUUAGAGAUUCUGCACAACCUGCUCGCACACAUGCCCACACAAACCUCCGACACGCAUCUGCGCUCGGUCGCAAGCAAGACGCAUGGAUUUGUUGGAGCGGAUCUCGCAUCUCUCGUGCGCGCUGCAUCUACUACUGCAAUCAAGCGUGCUAUCUUAGGUAAGCAAUCGGCGUAUCUCACACACACGGAUCUCCUCGAUAGCCUUCCUCAUAUCCGCCCGUCCGCUCUGCGAUCCGUGCAGCUCACCAUCCCCGAGAUUCGCUUCGGUGAUAUAGCAGGACAGGAAGAGGUCAAGAAGCAGCUGACGCAGAGUGUCAUGUGGCCACUCAGCCACGCAAAUACUUUCUCUCGCCUCGGCCUCACACCGCCCAGAGGCGUGCUGCUCUACGGUCCACCGGGGUGUAGUAAAACUCUCGCUGCAAAGGCUCUCGCGGGGGAAAGCGGAAUCAAUUUUCUCGCUGUUAAGGGACCAGAGCUGCUUGACAAAUUCGUUGGCGGGUCUGAGAAAGCUAUUCGUGAUAUUUUUGCCAAAGCCCGCGCAGCCGCGCCGUCAAUAAUCUUUUUUGAUGAAAUGGACAGCAUUGCAGCUGCGCGUGAUGACAACACAUCUACAACGUCGGGCAUGGUAGCAAGCAUGCUCAAUGAGAUGGACGGCAUAGAGGAACUCAAUGGUGUCACUGUUCUAGCUGCUACGAAUAAACCACAAGUCAUCGAUUCCGCCCUCAUGCGUCCAGGAAGGCUUGACCGUAUUAUCUACGUCGGCCCACCUGAGCUGGAAGCGCGCAGGGAGCUGUUCAGUAUACGACUGAGCAAGAUGGCAGUGGAAGAGGGUGUGAAUGUUGACGAGUUGGCUGUUAUGACACAGGGAUGCAGUGGUGCUGAGAUAGUCAGCGUCUGUCAAGAUGCAGCGAUGCGCGCAAUGCAGCAGGAUCUCCACGCUGCUUAUGUACGCAAGGAGCACUUUGUGCAGGCUUGCUGGAACGUGCGUCGGCGCAUCACGCAAGAGAUGCUCACAGCAUACGAGACGUGGCGCGACAGUCGGGGUGGAUGA